AUGAUAAUUUUUAAAUUAAUUGUCUUAUUUUGUUACGUUCACAGUUUUAGUGCAAUUUCGGUGGAUUUUUGUAAAAUAUGUCUCAAUCACACUCUUUGCAAAUACAAGACACAAGGGCCCAGUCCUUCCUGCAAAUCUUACGAUAGCUCAGCAUUACUCACAAGUCAGGAUAUAAUUGAGCUAGUUAACAAAAUAAAUGAAAGGAGGAAUUUCGUUGCUAUGGGCCACUCAAGAUUUCUUCCGCAAGCUGCUGAUAUGAAAAAAGUCAAAUGGUCCAAUCUGCUGGCAAUUUCUGCACAGCGAUGGGCCGAUCAAUGUGAUCCUUCAAUACGUCCGGACAAAGAAGAUCAAUGCAGAGAUUUAAAAAACUUAAGCGUAGGGCAAAAUAUUGCUAGUGUUUUGGGUACUUCUCCCGGCCUAAGUGUAAAGGGUUUCGUUGAAAUGUGGUUCAUAGAAGUCCUAGAUUUUACAGGGAGUGUCACUUAUUACAAUAAAUCAACGGAUACCAAGACCAAUUCCUUUACACAAUUAAUAUGGGCUAAAACAGAAUUUGUCGGAUGUGGGGCAUCAAAAUUUUACGUAGAUGAAAGACAUGCAAUGUUAGAAAGACUCGUCUGUAAUUUUGCCCCUCGGGGCAAUUUACAUGGGAAACCAGUGUAUUCCAUAGGAUUUCCUGGAACACAGUGUGAAGACAAAAUGAUACCAGAUAAAAGAUACAAGGGACUGUGUAGUUACCAAGAUGAUGCCACAAUUACAAAAUUAACUAGUCAACGACGUCCAGUGAAUAGUUUACUUAAGAUCCUGAAUUUAUCAAAUGAUUCUGUGAAACAAGACAUAGAUCCCAUCCGCAAUAAUUUUAAACAUAACUCAAAUAAUCAUUCUAGCAACCAAAAAAGGAAUCAAAAAACAAGGCAUAUUUUGUUAAACAGAACAUACGGUGCUAUCAAACAAGUUCCACAACUACGCAAGCAGCUCAAUGCGCAUAGUUACAUAAAUUUUUCACAAAAUAACAACGAAUACCAUUAUCCACACGAACGUGGCCACUCACACCUUUAUCAUGGACAUGGACCGCUGCGACACACUUACGAAAUGACCACAAUUUCAAAUACAAAUCAAGAUUAUAGACGAUACGACUACACAACCUUGUCAAUGAAUUUAUAUUUUAGUACUAAUUAUAGAAGAUUUAAUCAAAAGCUACAAUGCACCCGUAAAAUUAGUCCAAUUCAAGAUUCUUGUUCGAACCAAUGCACAAGGGCACCAGAAAGUUGUUGCCAUCUAAUGACUACAUGUCCAUCCACGUGUGCGGAUAUGUUUUGCAUGCAGCCAGAAAAAGACCACCCCUGCCCACCGUCACUUAUUACUCCCCGCGAGACUUGCGCUCAUACACAGCAAACAUGUCCACCAGCAAGUACAAAUUGCAACCACAAUGUAAAUUGCCCAUGUAGUAUACCAUGUACUACAAAUACAUGUUUCCUUAAAACUACUUGUCCAGGAGCAAUUCUACAGAACAAUGAUUUUAACGAUUAUAGACGAGCUGGAAUAUACCAAUAUUACGACAUGAUCCCAAAUGCUAUACUUCGAAGUGGCAAUCAAAAUGUUCAAGAAAACAAGUCUCCGAAUGAUUCGUUAUCACACAACUGGAAUUAUAACAGGUCUUACAAAUUAAUCGGUGGAGCGAGAGUUAAUGACCAAGUACCAAAAGCUAUGACUGAGUAUCAAAAACAUAAACCAGAUGAACUAGACUACUUAUACCAUUCUUUUGAUUCCGAUUUGAGAAAAAAGCGCCAACUUGAAAAUCAAAUGGAAGUAAAACCCUUUUGGCAAAUUGAAAAUUUUAGUCACAACUUACCUCAACUCAAAAGUAUGAGAUUUACAACAUUGUUAAAUAAUAACAAUCGGAAAACCUCUGUCAAAUGGUUAACAAGUAUGGAACCAAUAACACAGAGAUCAACAGAUUACGAUGUGGUUCAGCCUGACCACGUUACAGAAAAAUAUUUAUCAUUUGAUGAAUUAAUGCAUCUUAGAAAAAAUAGCGAUGAAUACGCUCAAUACAACCUACGACGGGGAGGCAAUUUGCGACAGAAGGGGAAAGCUGCUCCAGCUAAGCCGAAAGCUGCUCCAGCUAAGCCGAAAGCUGCUGCAGCUAAGCCGAAAGCUGCUCCAGCUAAGAAGGCUGAUAAACCUACCACGAAGACUGAUAAAACUACCAAGAAGGCUGAUGUAACUACCAAAUCAACAUCAGAAUAUACUAUUAAUACGCCAUUUGAACGAGUAAAGCAUUGUACGAGAAAAAUUACUUGUACUUGGACAAUGAUUCAAAUGGGCGGCAAUGAUGGCGAUGGAAAGAAUGGUAAAAUCAAUAUAGGAAUGGAAGUAGGUUCAAGAACGCCACCCGGUUAUGUGGAAGGAUGCACACGAACAUCCACUUGUACACGUGAUUUCCAGGACCGAAAUAAAGCACCCACUUCAUCUGAUGAGCAUUCCAGCGAUGCACCGGAAGAUGAAGAUUAUUGUGAACGUCGAUCUCUUAAUGUUCGAAGACGAAAUUCUGAUACCAAAACUUCAACCGAUCCAUUACUAAGAUACCUGCAUCACACAACUACUGCUACUGAGGUUGCCAGUACACCUGUUAGUUAUUCUUAUUCUGAAAGCGUUACUAAGAGCUCUAAAGCUCACAACUGUAUUUGCGAAGAAGGAAAAAGAAGAGAAAAAAGAGAAGCAUUGCGACGGUCCCAAGACAUCAAAUAUUGUCAAACGAAAAGUUCUUUUCUAUGUGGUAGUGAUAUUUGUGAUGUGCUUCUUAACAAAAUUCGUACACCUAAUCACGAAAUAAAUUCAAUAGACUAUGCAUGUUCGUGCAAUAGCGCUAUUACCCUUGGUCCCUUUGCAGUUUUAUGUUUUCUUAAAUUGUUAUUGUUAUAUUGUCAUUAUAAAUAA